CACAACAGUGUGAGCUUCACCAGCGAGGCGUGCGCUCUCAUCUGCCUGGUGGACACAGCCGGGACGCGCACCACAACCGACACUUUCACCGAUCUGACCAAGGACUACACCCUGGCAGUGUUCUAUGACGACUCGCGGCAUGGUCCCUCUUAUAUGGCUGAAGCCCAUGACGUGAUUGCCAAUUCAGCUUACACCUGUACCGAGGAUGGCACUGAGAUCUAUGACUUAAACGGAUUUCACAUCACCCAGGCAGCCGAUGGCCUGGUGAAGGUCACUCGUGUGGACAACAAGUGCUUGAUUCGCACCAUUCCCGGCAAUGGAUCGGCCACUUUGACCACACCUGGCAUCCAUUGCACUGCCUCUCUGGGCAAGACCUCGCAUCUGUUUGUUCGUCGCAAUGAGAAGCGCAUGCACUUCUAUGGAUCCUGUUUCAUUGUACGCAACGCCGGACCCUCCGCCGGCUUCAAUGAGAACAGCCUGCUGAUUGUCUACUGAGCGGCGUUCGUAGUCCGGAGAUAGAAACGGCGCAGUGGUAGCCCAUCCCACACGCACACACUCACACAUGUCAACACAUUUCACCUGGAACACAUACAUAGACACCUACAGCAGCACACUUGAG